AUGUCCGCAACAACGCUCGCCCACCAGGGCCUGGAAGCGGUCCAAAACAAACAGUACGAAGCAGCCAUUCCGCUUCUCGACAAGGCCCUCGCCUCAUCGUCAUCUCCCGCCUGGCUGCUUGCCCGUGGACAAGCCCACACACAACUCAAGAACUACGAUGCUGCAUUGCGCGAUGUCAGCGAGGCUUACCACGUGGCUGCUGAGCGCGGCUCCGGCACAUCGCGGAAACAGAUGAUCCAAGCGCAGUACCGCCGCGCCGUGAUCUACUUUAAGCUCGGCCGCUACGCCGACUCCGACUGCUGCGCUAAGUGGAGCAUGCUCCUCGCCGAGGGCCGCCCGGCCCGUGAGGACGAUGGGGUAGAGAAACAAAUCGAUGGUAAUGGCGCCUACACCGUGACCUACGAGGACGGUGUAGCUGACCGUGCGGGACAACCAGGCCAGGGCGACGCGGAUUUUAAGCAGAGUAUGCUCGCUGGGAUGGGUGGAGGCGGUUCUGGUGGACCGACGACGGCCAAGACCGGAUUUGAGGACGACUGGAAGCGGGCGUACACGUGGAGGAGCCAGGCGCUGAUGGCAUUGAAGAAUUUACCUGAGGACCAUGAGGGAAAGAAGGUGUCUGUCACCAAGACCCCGUCGCGACCACAAAAGGAGGUUGCGAAGAAACCGGAACCAGAAACCGAGGUCGAUAGCGACGAGGAUGUGGCCGAGCCGAGCAAACCUGCCGGUCCGGCCCCGGGUAGCGUCCCUGACGAGAAGCUCAAGCUCAGGGUUGACUUCUACCAGAGCAACCAGAAUGUGACGGUCACAUUGUUCGUCAAGGACGCCAAGAAGCCGGACCUCAAUGUGAAGUUCUCCGAUACUCAGGUACAAAUCUCCUCACUUCCUCGCGCAGCGGCUCCAUAUGUCCAGCCCGGUGACCGCGAAGCUACCUCGACCCUCACACUCGGCGGCCAAAUCGACCCCGCCAAGAGCCGGUGGUCUGCCACGCCGCACAAGAUUGAGCUCGUCCUUCAAAAGGCCACACCAGGCGUCAAAUGGGGAUCCUGGGGCAAGGAGGACAUCGGUUCCGCCGCUUCCGACGCCGCGACAUUCACGACGCAAACCACAUCUACUACCGCCCCAUCCACCACCACCACCCAGCCCUCCACAACCACCAAAGCCACCUCCACCGGCCCCGCCUACCCAACGAGCAGCCGUUCCGGCCCGAAGAACUGGGACAAACUCGCGAGCGGGGACGGCACGGGAGAAGGGGACGACGCAGACGACGAGAAGAACGACGUCAACGGCUUCUUCAAGCAGCUGUAUAAGGGCGCCACGCCGGAGCAGCAGCGGGCGAUGAUGAAGAGCUUUGUCGAGAGCAACGGGACGGCGUUGAGCACGGAUUGGAACGAUGUGAAGGGGCGGACGGUCGAGACGGUCCCGCCGGAGGGGGUGGAGGCUAAGAAGUGGGAUGCUAAAUAG